AUGCUCUCCAGCACCGGCGGCUACGUGAAACGGUCGCGGGUGCUUGGACGCCACCGCGAUGACGCGACGCUGUGCUCGACGCCGUGCCCGGCGCUGCGGGUGCGUGGCUUCUGCCGCAGUCACGCGCGGGAGACGUCGCUCCGCGCCGCCGCCGCCGCGGAAAAGGAGGCGGAGCUGCUCCGCAGCGCCACGGAGCUGUUCAGGCUGCAGGAGGAGCUGCUGCAGGACGGCGCGGCGACAGACGAGCGCCAACGCGCCGCCGCCAUUGCGAGCAUCGUGGCCGAACUGAAGCGGGAGAAGUCGUAUGAGAACUGGAGCCUCGACGUCGCGGUGGCGGAGCGCAUGGCGUCGCUGCGGCUUCGGCGCUGCCCCUACUCCCACAGGUGCGAGCUGCAAGCGGAGCUCCGGCAACCAAAGCGAAGGGAGAAGGUGGGACCAGGCGACGCGGCGCUGGAAGCAAAGGCGAGUUGGUUGCAAAAAAAGGCCCUUGUGGCGCGGCGGCGGCGUGCCUUCGGCGCCCUCUCGCCGCUGCAGAAGUGUGUGGCGUGUUUGCUCUGGCAGGGCUGCUUCGAGGUGCCGCUCGGCGUCGUGUGUGACGUGCGGCGUCGCGCGGAGGCGGCGGCGCUCGCGCGUGACUGCGGCGAGGUGGACGACGCGGCGGUGGCGGCGGAGGAGCGGCGGGUGGUCUCCGUCGCCGCCUGCCGCCCGUCGCUCGGCGCGGUGGACCUCUCCUCCCUCCCCCGCCUCGUCGCCUACGUGGCGCAGCACCCGGGCGCCGCCGUGAUCCGGCCCGAGACGGCGGCGCACUUCACGGGCGGCGCCGCGCUGCAGCUCCCGCGCGGCGUGACGGAGAAGCAGAUCGACCUCAGCUCCCCGGCCUGCGCGCACGAGUUGGUGGAGGCCGUCGUGUGGAGCCUCCGCGUGAUGAAUGACGAGGCCGCGCUGCAGCGGCGGCGGCAGCCGCCAGUGAUGCUGCGCUCCCUCGCCGUGCGCCGCUGCGCCAUGACCUCCGCCGACGCCCUCGUCAACGCCCUGCGGAAGCACCGGCUGGACGCCACCCUCCUCGCGCUGGACAUGAGCGACAAUCGACUGAUGAGUCUGCGCUUCCUCUUCCUGCUCCGGGCGCACUUUUCCGGCCGGCUGCUGCGUCUCUCGCUCGUCGACAACCCCAUCACACGCAAGCCGGAGUACCGGGAGCAGGUGCGCAAGUCGCUCCCAAGGCUUACAAGCCUCGACGGCAGAGCGAUUCGUCGCCCACCGCUGGCGCUGCCGCACCCAGCGUCGGUGUCGUACACCUUCUGCACCGCGGCGCAGCCCGCGCAGGGCCGCCGGGUGAUUGCCGGUGAGGAGUUGGAUGCGGUGGUGGACGGGCUGGCGCGGUUCCUGUACGUGUGGGAGACGCGUCGCGUGCCGUGGACGGUGGCCGAGCUGCGGCAUCAGCGACAGCAGCGGCGGCGUCGCCGCCAAUUCCCCGCCGAGGAGCCGCACGUGGAGGCGGACGCGGAUGACGCGGGCCCGCAGCCCCCCGAGGAGGAGCUGGACGACGACAAUUUCCACCACCGCUACCUCCAUCCCUCGGCAACCUUCUCCAUGACGCUGCAUGAGGGUCUUGCCUUCUUUGACGCCCGCACGAUGCGACUCGCCACGGAGGUGGAGACGGACGACGCCUACGCAGGGAUGCGUCUCUCCCCGCUGGAUGUGCGGGACCUCGGGGUGUUCGACGUGGCCAUGAAAAGCAACAGCCGCAACCUGUUAAUGGGGCGUUCCGUGCUGCACCGCUUCGCUCGCGGCUCACUGAACUGCUACGCGGCGUACAACUACAGCCUGUACCCGCAGCGGCUGGAGGUGUGCCACCACUUUGGCGGUGCGGUGGUGUCUGUGUCGAAGAUCACCGACGCCGCAGCGCCGAGCGGAGGCGGCGCCGCACCCGCAGUCUCUGAGGUCGUAGGGGACGGGGACGAGGGGCGACAGCAACCGCAGCAGCGGCGUCGAAAGAAGCGACGUUGCGAGGCAGCGCCGUCGUCUGCUCCUUCAGCGGCGGCGGCGGCGGCUACAGCGGAUGCCGCGGCGCCCUUCACCCUGAACGCGCAUUCGCGAAAGCCGACGUUUUACAUUGUGACGUUUCACGGCGUGAUGUCCUGGCGGGCGCCGAGCAUGAAGCGGGCGGAGUGCGUCCUCGCCGCCUACGACCGGGUGAUGACGUUCGUAGAGAACGCCCUGCCGCCAACGAACCCCGUCGAGAAGCGGCGAAGCGCGCCGCUGCUGCUCUUCAACGACCAGGUGCACCUCCGCCCCGCCGCGAAGGGCCACGUGGCGUGGUUCAUGGCGCAAACGGAGGAGCGGGUGGCGCGGCUUGUCGUUGAGUACGGCCUCGAGGCCUGCGCGGACGGCGAGGCGCUUGUCCGCGCGGUGGCGGAGCGCGCCAGCAGCGAUGCCGCCGCCAGUGCCGCCCUGCGCCUGCUGGUGUUUGGCCGCGACUCCGGGGGUGCCGAGGGGGAAGCGGAAGAAGAAGCGGGGCACGGCGACGGCGUUGACGCACACGCAGGCGGCGACGCGCCUGCGGCGCGCCACUUCGACAUUUUCUCCCUCAUCUCCGCGGAGAAGCCGGCCGCCGGGCGGGACGAUGAUGAUGACGAGGAGGAGGAGGAGGUGGAGGAGGCGGACAUCCCCCAUCGCGUGACGCUCGCGCAGGUGGAGGCGGCGGUGGCCGCGAUGAACAGGCGACACACCGCCGCCUUCGCCCGCCCCGCCCCGCAUGGCGAAGGGGAGGCGGAGGCGGAGGCGGCCGACCCUGAAGCAACGUGUAAUUGA